AUGGCAGCAGAACAAAGAAAGCUGCUUGAGCAGCUGAUGGGAGCUGACCAGCUCACUGGAACUGGCGCACAGGGUCGCAAUUCCCAGUUGUCUAUCACGGAUCCCAAAGUUUGUCGCUCCUACAUCGUUGGAACAUGCCCGCACGACCUCUUCACCAACACCAAGCAAGAUCUCGGACUUUGUCCUAAGGUCCAUAGUGAAGGCCUGAAGACAGAAUACGAAACUGCAUCUGCUUCUGACAAGGCGAAGUGGGGUUUCGAAUUCGAUUACAUGCGCGACAUGCAGAAGUACAUCGAUGACUGUGAUCGCCGCAUCGACUCCGCGCAGCGUCGUCUAGAGAAGACACCGGAUGAGAUUCGACAGACCAAUGACCUACUCAAACAAAUCGCUGAUCUUUCCAACACAAUCAACUCCGGUCUCCUCGAGGUCUCCGUUCUGGGUGAAACAGGGUCUGUCUCAUUGGCUAUGAAUGAAAUGCACAAAGUCCGCACGGCCAAGCAUCAAAAGGAAACUCUUGAGCGCGAUCUCAAGAAUCUACAAGAUACCUCUGGUCCCUCUGGACACCAGAAGCUGCAGGUCUGUGACGUGUGCGGGGCCUACUUGUCUCGUCUUGAUAACGAUCGCCGACUGGCCGAUCAUUUCUUCGGCAAGAUGCACAUGGGGUACUCGGACAUGCGCAAGAACUGCAAAAAGCUCAGCGCUGAACUCAAGGGUCGGGCUCCGCCAGUGCGUCAACAAGAAGAAGAUGAUAACCCAUACACCUCUGGCGGUCGCGCCAACGCUGGUCGCGGUCCCCGUUACGGCGGCGGCGGCGGUGGCGGUGGAUACCGACGUCGUGGUGGUGGCAGAUGGUAA